GGUUGAAUGCCAUGUGCUUCACGUUCAAAUCCAUAACAACUUGAUAUCACUGUAAUGCAUUACUGUUGAAUAACAAAUUAAUUAGAUGUCAGAUGUAGAAACUCAAUUGGCAAAUAACAUAAAUGUUGAUGAUCUGUAAAUAAGACAACCUUCUAUAGUGUCAGGUCUCUUGAGAGUAAUUUGUCAAUCCUCACAGUCACACCUCUGAUUCCAGCCUUAAUGACAGGAAGCUAGUAACUGGGGCGAAACAGAUGUAAACAAACUCAUAAACUUGAACCUGAAUGCUGUAAAAACAAAAAUACACUGGCUAGUGCAACUAAGGCUUCAUACAAAGCAACUGGACUUAUUCUUUCAUUGCUGAAUAGAACAUUGUAGAACUGGCUACAACAAGGAAAAUUGUAGAACCAAUUAGAACAAAGAACAUUGCAGUGAGUUACAACCAGGAACAUUGUAGAACCAGUUAGAACAAGGAAAAUUAUAUAACCAGUUACAACAAGGACAAUUAUAGAAUCAGUUACUACAAGGAACUUUGUAGAACCAGUUAGAACAAGGAACAUUGUAGAACCAGUUACAAGGAAUAUUAUAGAACCAGUUACAACAAGGAACAUUGUAGAACCAGUUACAAGGAAUAUUAUAGAACCAGUUACAACAAGGAACAUUGUAGAACCAGUGACAAGGAAUAUUAUAGAACCAGUUACAACAAGGAACAUUGUAGAACCAGUUACAAGGAAUAUUAUAGAACCAGUUACAACAAGGAACAUUGUAGAACCAGUUACAACAAGGAACAUUGAAGAACCAGUGGCAAGGAAUAUUAUAGAACCAGUUACAACAAGGAACAUUGUAGAACCAGUUACAACAAGGAACAUUGUAGAACCAGUGACAAGGAACAUUGUAGAACCAAGUUACAACCAGGAACAUUGUAGGACCAAGUUACAAUGAGUAGAACGGAAAGAGGAGCCAAACAAGUUAAAGAAGAACAAUGUUUACGCUUCAAUACUGAUACUGGUUCCACUUCAACAUAUGUGCCAUAUAUGGAAUAUAACAGUAAAGCACAAAAACAAUCAAAACAUAUGCUACAACCUAAUAAUCAGCAUGUUAAGAGGGUGUCUCCAACUUUCCAAAUAUUGAAACUCAAGAAUGAUAUGUCCCAUAGAAAGCAUGUUGGUAAAAAAUGGAUUCAACGACAAAGAAGUGUUUCGGAAAGUCUUGGGCCUGAAGAAGACAGACUACGAGAGACCUCUAUGUCUGGGCCCAUUAAGGGUAUACUUAUCAUCAUAGCUAUGUUAAUGCUCAUACAAGGAGGAAACCUGAUCUUUCAAAGUGUGUUUGACUCUCCCAUAUUUUCAUGGGAAUCCAUGAGAAAUUCACAACCAAAUGAGAUGGAAACAAUAUUCUCAUAUUGUCACAAUGUUGAAUGAAACAAUACAUAAUUAAAUGUGAGAAUGUUCAACUGUUGAACAACUCAGCACGAACUGUAUCAAUUGGAAGAAAACAUGUACUUUGGUCUAAACUCAGGGCUGUAUAUUGGUCA